GCGCGCGGCGGUGCCACGGACAGGUCGCGGUGAGCGCGGCGCCCCCGGCCGACGGCUCCCGCCACCCGCAGGAGCGGCCGCGCCGGGAGGACACGCUGCCGCCGCCGACCUGCGGCACGUCCCUCUCUUUCCUGCGGCGGAGCGAGGGCUGCCCCCUCCUCCUUCAGUCGCGGCGGCGGCGGCGGCAGCAGCAGCAGCAGCAUGAGCGGCGGCGGCCGAAACGCGGCAGCGAGGGCACGGCUGGCAGCGCGGCUGCUGGCGGUGCUCGGCUGCGUCCUGAUAGCGGAGGCCCAGCUCACAGGAGUCCUAGAUGAUUGUUUAUGUGACAUAGAAAGCAUCGAUGACUUCAAUACUUUCAAGAUCUUUCCCAAAAUACAAAAACUGCAAGAACGUGAUUACUUCAGAUAUUACAAGGUCAACCUGAAGAGACCAUGCCCAUUUUGGGCUGAUGAUGGCCAUUGUUCUAUCAAAGAUUGUCAUGUAGAGCCUUGUCCUGAGAGUAAAAUACCUGUUGGAAUUAAGGCGGGGAGCUCUAAUAAAUAUUCAAAAGCAGCAAAUAAUUCCAAAGAAUUGGAAGACUGUGAGCAAGCUAACAAGCUGGGAGCAGUUAACAGUACCUUAAGUAACCAAAGUAAGGAGGCUUUCAUUGACUGGGCAAGAUACGAUGAUUCACAGGAUCAUUUUUGUGAACUUGAUGAUGAGAGAUCUCCGGAUGCACAGUAUGUGGAUUUGCUGCUGAAUCCAGAACGUUACACUGGAUACAAGGGGCCUUCUGCUUGGAGAGUAUGGAACAGCAUUUAUGAAGAAAACUGCUUCAAGCCUCGAUCUGUCUAUCGUCCUUUAAAUCCACUGGCGCCUAGUAGGGGAGAAGAUGAUGGAGAAUCUUUCUACACAUGGCUAGAAGGUCUGUGCCUUGAGAAAAGAGUGUUUUAUAAACUCAUUUCUGGACUCCAUGCUAGCAUCAAUUUGCACCUGUGUGCAAAUUAUCUUCUUGAAGAAACGUGGGGGAAACCUCGCUGGGGACCAAAUGUCAAAGAGUUCACUCGCCGCUUUGACCCUGCUGAAACAAAAGGAGAAGGACCAAGGAGGCUCAAGAAUUUAUAUUUCCUAUAUUUGAUAGAGCUGCGUGCUUUGUCAAAGGUUGCUCCAUACUUUGAACGUGCAGUUGUCGACCUUUACACCGGCAAUGGCCACGAGGAUGCUGAAUCUAAAGCUCUCUUACUAGAUAUCUUCAGGGAUACCAAGUCCUUCCAUAUGCACUUUGAUGAAAAGUCCAUGUUUGCUGGAGAUAAAAAAGGAGCCAAGUCACUAAAGGAAGAAUUCAGAUUGCAUUUCAAGAAUAUCUCCCGCAUAAUGGACUGUGUUGGAUGUGACAAAUGCAGGCUGUGGGGCAAGUUGCAGACUCAAGGCUUAGGAACUGCUCUGAAGAUCUUGUUUUCUGAGAAAGAAAUACAGAGCCUUCCUGAGAAUAGCCCAUCAAAAGGUUUUCAGCUCACACGGCAAGAAAUAGUUGCUCUUGUAAAUGCCUUUGGAAGGCUUUCCACAAGUAUAAAAGAGUUGCAGAAUUUUAAAGUUUUAAUACAACAAACUAGGUAAUGAAGGUCUUUGCACAACCUGUUAGUGAAGAUCAUUUACAUGACUGCGUUGAGCAGACGAACUGAUCCUUACAGGACUCACAUGAACUGAUAAAAAGUAAAAUCAAAUCCCAACUUGAAUAUUUAUGUUUAAACUAGGAAUGGUUAUUAAUUAGAAAAUAUAUUUAUGAAUGAAUUAUAUAGUUUUUAACUGUGUAAAUUAUGCUGAUCUGUUUAUUUUUUAAGUUUUCUGCUCACGGUUCUGUUGUACUGAAACUUCAUAAAUUUUCUUAUUUCCUUGUCUUUCUGAGACAGCUUUUUUAUAUGAAAACAUAUGUACCUCUACCCUGACUUGGCCUGUCUAGAAAGAGGGGGAUCACUUCUUGUCUCUCUCCAUUUACUGAACUUCAGUGUAUUCUGAGGAUUUGGUAUGUUAGUUCUGACUGUCAAAAGUGGGGGGCUUCUUACUGUAAUAAUGAAAUUUACUUUGAAAUAGCAAAUUUACUGAGCAGAAAAUUUUUUUAAGCUGGGCUUAUUUGCAUCAUGACGAUACCAAUUUUUUUACCCUUGUCUUGUGCUUUUCAGCACUUUUGUUUUUAAAUUACUACCUUGUCUCUGAUGCAGCAGAGUGGAAAGCGACUUUUCUGUAGCCCCUUUGCUGCAGCCCCUUACCUGCAUUUACUUGGAGGUAGGGGUCAGGACAGGGGGAGAUGGUUAGUGGAGUGCUGCUAGCUGAAAAACCUCAGUCAAUCAAAUUCCUGUUUACUCCAUAUUAUUUUUCUAGAUUGUAAUCACAAGUUCAGUUUCCAAAAGUUGUCUUUUUAGUGUUUUUAAAUGUUAAAAUAGCACACUUGGUCUUUGAGCCAUGGAAAUAAAUUUGCUCUUUAUGAGUUAUGUUUGAGUGCUGGGCUUAAAGGUCAGUGUAAAAAUAACUUGCUUUUGUAGCCACUUUGAAAAAUAUGCUUUUUAAAAUUCAUAAUCAUACUGACAUUUAAUGCCACAUACUCUAUCUAUGCAAACUCAUACUGUAUCUUCUUUAAAAGGAUAUUCAGCAUAAAAAAACGGGUAUGUUAAUAACAUUUCUUUCAUAAAAUAAAUUACUCAUGUAUCGUUGUCCACAAAUGUCAGUGAUAACUUAGCAAUGUCAAAACAGAAUUCAGAAACAGCAUCACCAUUAGUAGCAACCAAAUAUUGGUUUAAAUUUAAAAUGAAGUAAUAAUUUCUUUUAAACCAGCAUGUUUAAAAAUGAAGUUAGGUGUUAUGAAUAUAGGAAGUGCUGGUGCAGUGUAGAUACAUCUCUUGUUUUUAAAAACAAGUCUUCACAAAAUUAAGUGCUCUUAAACAUUUUUCACCCUAUUAGAUACUGAGUGACCUAUUUAUAUAAUUGAUUGUAAUUGUAUUGGCUUCCAUUAUGGUUUCCUUUACAGCUGAAAUUUUCUGAAGGCUGGAAUACACUCUGUCCUUUGUUUCCAGACUAGCCUCAAAUUUCUACCUGACUGGAAAUGAAAUAGACUAUUCUGCUGACACUUGGCUUUUAUAAAAAUGCUCUUGCUUAAGAAAGUUAACCCCUUUGUGUCAAACUGGGAAAUGAAAUUUUAAAAAAUAGAAAGGGAAAUAAAAAAACAAACAAAAAUAUCCAAACCACCCUUAAUUUGGUGAUAGUUGCACAAAUUGGCAGUGAACUUCCCAGUGGAAGUUUCUGUUUAACCUUAUAGGUAAUUGGACAUGGUGUUAGAGGAAGCUGAUGCCAGUUUGGGGAUGUUAUGUUUUUUCCUAGUAGCCUUUCUGGCCUGUGGGCACCUGUGUCUGAGCAAGGCUUUUGUUUUCUAGUUAAGCAGAAGAGCAGGAGGUUUCUAGGUGGAUUCAUCUGGCCUUUUCCAAGUUCUGUAUUUGCACCCUCAGAGUUUAUUUUUCUCUAUUAAAUUGAAGUGGGAAUCUAGGUAAGUAGCUCAUAUGUGAACAGCUGUGUUUGGUAAAUGAGUUACACACUGAGUAUCCAAAUCUUCUGAGAAAUUGUAUAUAUUGAAAGAGUGUAAUUUUUAAUUGGCUGUUAAUUCUUUGCCUUUUGGAUAGACCUGCAAGGGCUAGAACUGUAGGCUUACUUGUGUGAAGAGUGCCGUAUAACUGCGAUUUAUCUGUAUUGUUAUGUAUUAUAGUGCCUAAAGCUUUAGGCAGGAUUUUCUAGUUAAAAUAAAAACCAAAACUGUAUGACUGUGCUGCCCCAGGAAGGACCUAAGUCUCAGAAAUGUUUCUUCCUUUUUUCCCCUUGCUCUGUGGGGAAAGUGAAUUGCUUCCAGCCUCUUCCUGGGGAUGCAACUUGCUAUUUUUUUUCUUUUUCCACCUGUGCCUGGCUAAAAUCAACAGACACUGAAGCAAAAUCAUGCACUUGCUCAUGGGACAGGUGAGAGAUUCAGGCAUGCAGAUCCUGGGCACUUGGUCCUUGCAGCCCUCGUUGGCGCAAGGUAAAUACUGUUGGAUAAGGACAUAAAGAGACGUGAAGGUUUUCUUCUUUUCCUUUGUGUCAUGGCAACACAGGAAUGCAACUGAACAGCAAAUUGUGUGUGUAAGUUCUGUUGCACCUGAAGGUACAUAUCUCUUAAUGAUCAAAUAUGGAAGGCAUUUCACUUCACUGUCAUUGUAGAGAUAGGACACAUGAUUUUUCUUGUAACAAAUCUAGUUGAAACAAUUUUCCUGUCACCAUAUUUUUUACUGUAUUUGAUGUACAUUCUGUGACUAUGCUGCCUAUGAAGUUUUGCUGUGUGGGUAGGAUGACUUAGUUCUUUAUAUGUUAAAUUAAAUUUUAAAAAUUUACAGCUCUUCUUUUUAUACUAAAGAGUAAGGUUAGUUACACCGUCCAUGACCUGUAAACUAUUUUAAAUUCCAGCUCCCUGAUGGAGAUCAGCUUGUCAACACUGUCUGCCAUUCAUUUCAGAGUAGCAGUACAUUUUCUUGUACAAAUGACACAAUGAUUGUAAUCCCAGAGGUAGUGAGAAGACAAAGACAAAAAUGUUUAAUUGUUCCCAAGUGAUGAAGACUUGUGUAAAAUGGUGAAAAAAGACUUGCAUAGGUAAAAGUAAAAAAAACCUGCAUAGGUAAAAAGUAGGGCACUGUUGCUGAAUAACUUGUUCUUCAGUGCCUUAGGAGGUAGGUCAGAAUAUAAAUUUAAAACAAUGAAAUAUAGAGACUUGUGUAAGCUGGAAUAAGUGUUUUCCUAGUUUUCAGCUGAUGAUCUGUGCUGUCACUGUAUGUGCAUGAAAUACACUGUGCCACAUUUUCUUGAGUUGUGUUUGAUGGUUGGGUUGCCUUUAUCUGACCUUGUUUUGUGCUUUUCUGGGAAAUGACCUGUAAUAUGUUGUAAAUAAUCUUGAUGCUCAUGUUUAUAAAGUAGCAAUCAGCAAUUAAUCACUUUACAAUUUCUCCAUAUAGCUAUCCUAUUAAAAUGUAGUAUUUAUUAAAAUCAGAGUCAGUGUUGGAACUGCUUAUUGAGAUCUAAACACUUCUGAAUCUUUGCUAUGUUUGAAUCUACAAAAUGCAAAUUAAAGUAUUUUCUGCUAUA